AAGCGACUGCACACUUGCCAAUAACUGGAUUUCUUGUCAGUGAAAGGAAGUUUGUUGAAUGCAUGCCUUUGCUAAAUACUUUCUAAAACCUAAAGGAAAUGGACUACUAUACUUGAAAUUGCAAUUCAACCAAAUCUACUGUAGGCUACAAUGUCACGAACGAAUGCCCUCUCUCUAAUGUAGGCUAGCUGAUUAUUUACUUUGUAAUAUUCGCACUUCGGCACGCGUAGCCUACAUCAAUCAAGAUACAAUAUAGCCAAAAUUACCGCUACCUAAAAUCGAUAUAAUUAUCGUUAAACGACGUAAUUUUGGCGGUUAUUCAAACCCAGUUUGACUUAGAUUGAUUGUCUUACUGGAUACACGAUUACGUUGCAUUGAAUCCAUUUGAAACGACAUGCAAAGUGGGGACUCGCGAGGGGAUUGAAUCCCCCCACUCCCCAUACCCUGGUGUAACCUCAAUUUCUUUGGACUUGCUUGGGAAAAUGGGCAAAGCGACAGGCUGGUGGUGCACACAGUGGCAUUGCUACUUGCAGCACUGCUCACUACUAGCAAAAGUAGUAACUAGGGGAGCAUGCCUAACUAGUUGUGGUGAAAAUUAUGGGAUGGAUUGUCAUGGCAACAGACCAGACGUCACAAUUUGGGCAUGUGUUCCAUUUUUGUCUUUCUUAUUUUCAGACUGGAGGACUUAGAUAGUGAAGAGUGGAAAAGGAAACAGAUUUUUUCCAACAAAAAGAAGGAAGCCAUCUUUCUUGAAAAUAAAUUGUAUUUACACAAGUAUCAUACAAUUAUUUUCCGGGAGGCACGAAGAGGUGAACAGUGGCAUUUUCAGGGUUAACUUUCAGAGAGGUUUUUUUUGUAUGCGAUAAAGAUGCCUGGGUCGUUAAGCAAUGAAGACGAGGGACAAGACGACAUGGAUUUUGAAGACGAGAUACCAGAUGAGGAUGAGGAGGGUGAACACAACACUGUCCCGCUCACACCUCUGGACAGCUUCUUCUCUGACAACGACUCCCUCAAACAACGGAAGAAGAAGAAACCUAAAAAGAUGAAGGAGGGCAAGAUGCCCAAAGUCAAGAAGAGGAAAAAGGAGGGAGGAGGAGGUGGCGGAAUAGGAGUUGGUGGCAAUGACCCGGAGGAGCAGGCCUCAGAGCGGGAGGAUGACCAUCCACUGCAACGUCCAGAGAUUGGCUCAGAGAGCGAGAGCAGCACCUAUGCCCCCGCCCCCACCACAAAGAAGAAGAAGAAGAAACCAAAGGAGAAGAAGGAGAAGAAACCCAAACGGAAGAAGAGAGAAGAGGAGGAGGAGGAUGAUGACGACGAUGAUGAUGAUGAUGACGACGACGACGAUGAUGAUGAUGAAAAUAAUAAGGAGCCCAAGUCAUCCAGCCAGCUGAUGCAGGAGUGGGGUCUGGAAGAUGUGCAGUAUGGCUUCACAGAGGAGGACUAUACAACCCUCACCAACUACAAGGCUUUCAGCCAGUUCCUCAGGCCACUUAUUGCCAAGAAGAACCCUAAGAUCCCCAUGUCAAAGAUGAUGACAGUGUUAGGGUCCAAGUGGCGAGAGUUCAGCGCCAACAACCCCUUCAAAGGCACCUCCGCUACUGCUGUGGCUGCUGCUGUGGCUGCUGCUGUGGAAAUGGUCACUGUGGCCUCGCCCAUCUCUGUCAAAGAGGUGACCACCCUACCAAUCUCUCAGCCUGGGCCAAUCAGAAAAGCCAAAACCAAAGAUGGAAAGGGGCCUGGGGUAAGACGGAAGACAAAGACUGUAAAGGAGAUGAAGAAGAAAAGUAAAGGGAAGAAGACCAAAUCAAAGAAGAAAGCCUCCUCGAGUGAAGAGGACUUUGGGCUGGAGGAGUCAGACUUUGAUGAUGUCAGCAUCCACAGUGCCUCAGUGCGCUCUGAUACCUCGGGGAAUGCCAAGAAGAAAGCCCGGAAGGGUCGGAAAAAAAGGAAAAGAGAGGAUGGGGACGGCUAUGAGACAGACCACCAGGACUACUGUGAGGUGUGCCAGCAGGGAGGGGAGAUCAUCCUGUGUGACACCUGUCCCAAAGCUUACCACCUGGUGUGUCUGGACCCCGAGCUGGAGAAGGCCCCCGAGGGCAAGUGGAGCUGCCCCCACUGUGAGAAGGAGGGCAUCCAGUGGGAGGCCAAAGAUGAUGAUGAUGAUGAGGAGGAGGUUGCGGUUGAGGAAGAGGAUGACCACCUGGAGUUCUGCAGAGUGUGUAAAGAUGGAGGGGAGUUGCUGUGCUGUGACACCUGCCCCUCCUCCUAUCAUAUCCACUGCCUCAACCCUCCCCUGCCUGAGAUACCCAAUGGGGAGUGGCUGUGCCCACGCUGCAUGUGCCCACCUCUGAAGGGGAAGGUACAGAGGAUUCUCCACUGGACUUGGGGGGAUCCCCCUUUACCCACUGAGGUGCCCCCGGGCCCUGAUGGAGAGAUGGUGGACCCGCUGGUCAAGCCUCCCCUGAAGGGCCACCCGGAGAGGGAACUGUUUGUCAAGUGGGCUGGUCUCUCCUACUGGCACUGCUCCUGGGUCAGCGAACUACAGUUAGAGCUGUACCAUGCGGUGAUGUACCGUAACUACCAGCGGAAGAACGACAUGGACGAGCCCCCUCCGUACGACUACGGCUCUGGGGAGGAGGAGCUGAACAACGAGAAGAGGAAGAGUAAAGACCUGCAGUAUGCUGCCAUGGAGGAGAGAUUCUACCGCUACGGCAUCAAGCCAGAGUGGAUGGUCAUCCACCGGAUCAUCAACCACAGUUAUGAUAAGGAUGGAGAUGUGCACUACAUGAUCAAGUGGAGAGACCUGCCCUAUGACCAGUGCACCUGGGAGGUGGAUGACUUUGAUGUCCCUGAGUAUCACCACAGCAAACACUCCUACUGGGACCACAGGGAGCAGAUGAUUGGUGAUGACCAGCGCCCCUUAGUGGUGAGAAAGGGAAAUAAGGGUAAAGAGGAAGAGAAGAGGAGGGAGAGAGAAAUCCCCCCCGAUGCCCCAAUUAUAGAUCCUACCAUCAAGUUUGAACAUCAACCCUGGUACAUCAAUGCCACUGGGGGCACCCUGCAUCCAUACCAGCUGGAGGGUCUGAACUGGUUAAGGUUCUCCUGGGCACAGGGCACAGACACUAUCCUGGCAGACGAGAUGGGCUUGGGCAAGACUGUCCAGACCAUCGUCUUCCUCUACUCACUCUACAAGGAGGGUCACUCCAAAGGGCCAUACCUGGUCAGUGCCCCCCUGUCCACCAUCAUCAACUGGGAGAGGGAGUUUGAGAUGUGGGCCCCAGACUUCUACGUGGUCACUUACACUGGGGACAAAGAUAGCCGAGCGGUCAUCAGGGAGAACGAGUUCACUUUUGAGGACAGUACAGUCAAGACAGGCCGCAAGGUCUUCCGUAUGAAGAAAGACAGUGCCAUCAAGUUCCAUGUGUUGUUGACAUCAUAUGAGCUGAUUACCAUUGAUCAGACCAUUCUGGGCUCCAUUAACUGGGCCUGUCUAGUGGUGGACGAGGCCCACAGACUGAAGAACAACCAGUCAAAGUUUUUCAGAAUCCUCAACGGUUAUAAGAUCUACUAUAAGCUGCUACUGACUGGCACUCCUCUGCAGAACAACCUGGAGGAGCUGUUUCACCUGCUCAACUUCCUCACCCCAGAGAGAUUUAAUAACCUGGAGGGCUUCCUGGAAGAGUUUGCAGACAUCUCCAAGGAGGACCAGAUCAAGAAGCUGCAUGACCUGCUGGGCCCACACAUGCUCAGGAGACUGAAGGCUGAUGUCUUCAAGAACAUGCCUUCCAAGACAGAGCUCAUUGUACGAGUGGAGCUCAGCCCCAUGCAGAAGAAGUACUACAAGUUCAUCCUGACGCGGAACUUUGAGGCGCUCAACUCCAAGAGCGGGGGCAACCAGGUGUCCCUUCUCAACAUCAUGAUGGACCUGAAGAAGUGUUGCAACCACCCCUACCUGUUCCCAGUGGCAGCCAUGGAGGCGCCAGUGUUACCCAAUGGCUCUUAUGAUGGGAACCAGCUGGUCAAGUCCUCAGGCAAACUCACCCUGCUUCAGAAGAUGCUGAAGAAACUCAAAGAUGAAGGACACAGAGUUCUCAUCUUCUCGCAGAUGACUAAGAUGCUGGAUCUGCUUGAGGACUUUCUGGAAUACGAGGGAUACAAAUAUGAACGCAUCGAUGGAGGCAUCACAGGGGGGCUACGACAGGAGGCUAUCGACCGCUUCAACGCACCGGGCGCACAGCAGUUCUGCUUCCUGCUCUCCACCCGAGCUGGAGGCCUGGGCAUCAACCUAGCCACGGCAGACACCGUCAUCAUCUACGACUCAGACUGGAACCCUCACAACGAUAUCCAGGCAUUCAGCAGGGCCCACCGUAUAGGUCAGAACAAGAAGGUGAUGAUCUAUCGUUUUGUGACACGGGCCAGCGUGGAGGAGCGUAUAACCCAGGUGGCCAAGAGGAAGAUGAUGUUGACCCACCUUGUGGUGAGGCCCGGCCUGGGCUCCAAAACCGGCUCCAUGUCCAAACAGGAGCUGGACGACAUCCUCAAGUUUGGCACUGAGGAGCUCUUCAAGGAUGAGAUGGAGGCGGCCGCUCGGGCCAUGGGUUCCCACCAGAAACUGUGGGACAUAAAGGAUGGAGAUGAGGGCAGUGUCAUUCACUAUGAUGACAAUGCCAUCUCCAAGCUGCUGGACCGUAGCCAGAAUGCCACGGAGGACACUGAGAUCCAGAACAUGAACGAAUACCUCAGCUCCUUCAAGGUGGCCCAGUAUGUGGUCAAAGACGAGGACGCGGAGGAGGAGCCCCAGCGGGAGAUCAUUAAGCAGGAGGAGAAUGUGGAUCCAGACUACUGGGAGAAGCUGCUGAGGCACCACUAUGAGCAGCAGCAGGAGGACCUGGCCCGUAACCUGGGCAAAGGCAAACGCAUCCGCAAGCAGGUCAACUACAACGACACGUCUCAGGAGGACCAAGAGUGGCAGGAUGAUCUUUCAGACAAUCAUUCCGAGUACUCCGUGGGGUCCGAGGACGAGGACGAAGAUUUCGAGGAGAGGCCGGAAGGUGGGCGCAGGCACUCUCGCAGACAGCUGAAGAGUGACAGGGACAAACCUCUGCCACCCCUGCUGGCACGCGUAGGGGGCAACAUCGAGGUGCUGGGGUUCAACACCCGUCAGCGGAAGGCCUUCCUCAAUGCUAUCAUGCGCUGGGGCAUGCCUCCUCAGGACGCCUUCAACUCUCACUGGCUGGUCAGAGACCUGAGAGGGAAGAGUGAGAAAGAGUUCAGGGCCUAUGUGUCCCUGUUCAUGAGACAUCUUUGUGAGCCGGGGGCAGACGGAGCCGAGACCUUUGCAGACGGUGUCCCACGAGAGGGGCUGUCCCGCCAACAUGUCCUCACCAGGAUCGGAGUUAUGUCUCUGGUCAGGAAAAAGGUCCAGGAGUUUGAGCAUGUCAAUGGAAAGUACAGCACUCCAGACCUGAUCCCACUUGGACUAGAGUUGAAGAAACUGACUGAGAGUCUGUCCUCUGACCCCAACACCCCUGUCCCUGCCAGCCCUGCUGCCACACCCCAGCCUCCUGGCACUCCUGUCCCACCAGAGAAGAUGGACUCAACCUCAGGGCCUACUGAAGACAAGGAGACCACAGAAUUAGAGUACAAGAAGCUACCAGAACUGGAGUCUCUCCAGACUAAUCUAAGUACAGAGUCAUCUUCCCAGGUAGGGAAGACAGACAAGGCUGCUGACAGGGAUGAGACAGUGAAGUGCAGCACAGAGGACAAACCAGUCUCCUCAGAGGAGAGUAGUGAAAGGACAGACACACCCUGCACACUUCCAGAGCCAUUCACCAAUCCUAAAGAGCCUCCAUCCAAACAGACAGAGCUGUCGUCCAAUCAAAGCUCACCAAAAGCGGAGCCUUGUAGAGAGACAGAGAAGUCUUUAGAUAAAGGAGACAGUGAUCCUGCCCCAGCCAAAACUGAGGAAAAGGAACUGAAGCCAGUUUUUUCAGACGAGCCCAAGAGCGAGGACAUGCCAGUGCCCGAGGGCAGGCUUAAUGGUGAGAAAGAAGCACAGGAGGAGACGGAGGACAUCAGGAGGGAGGUGGAGAAGAACGGCUUCAAAAUGAGGUUCAUGUUCAACAUCGCCGACGGAGGCUUCACAGAGCUACACACCCUGUGGCAGAACGAGGAGCGGGCCGCUGUGUCCUCUGGGAAGAUGUAUGACAUCUGGCACCGUCGCCAUGACUACUGGUUGCUGGCUGGCAUCGUAACACAUGGCUAUGCCCGCUGGCAGGACAUUCAGAACGACCCACGUUAUGCCAUCCUCAAUGAGCCCUUCAAGACUGAGAUGCACAAGGGGAACUACCUGGAGAUGAAGAACAAGUUCCUGGCUCGCCGCUUUAAGCUGUUGGAGCAGGCUCUGGUGAUAGAGGAGCAGUUAAGAAGGGCAGCAUACCUGAAUAUGACCCAGGACCCCAACCACCCGGCUAUGGCCCUGAAUACCCGCUUUGCUGAGGUGGAGUGUCUGGCUGAGUCCCACCAGCACCUGUCCAAGGAGUCUCUGGCCGGGAACAAGCCAGCCAACGCUGUGCUGCACAAAGGUCUGUCAUCUCCCAGUGUGUACACAGCAGCAGGACUAAAACACUGUCUACAAACUCAAGAUCUGGUACUGAACCAGCUGGAGGAGCUGCUGAGUGAUAUGAAGGCAGAUGUGACGCGGCUUCCCAACAUGUUGUCCCGGAUCCCCCCGGUGUCUGCCCGUCUGCAGAUGUCUGAGAGGAGCAUCCUCAGCCGCCUCACCAGCCGUGGCAACGAACCUCCACCCCAACAGCCGUUCGGCCAGAGCUCAUUUGCCUGUUCCCAGAUGUACAGCACUGGUUUUGGGGGCAGCUUCCGGGGGCCUGCGGGAGGAGCCAUGGUCAACUACAGCCAGAUGCCCCUGGGACCCUACGUCAGUGUGUCCAACGGCCCCCCACCCCCGUCCAGCCACCUGGACAAGAAGUCCUGCGACCCGCUGAGGGACGUCACCACCCCUGACCUCAAGUCAGGCAAGCCCAGUGAUGUCAUCUGUAUUGAAGAUUAGAUCAGCUAUCCCAAAAUUGAUCUGGAGUCAGCCAAGCCCAGGGAUGUCAACUAUUAUAUAAAUGAUUACAGAAUCUUCGCCCCCCCCCCUUCCUCAUCCUCCCCUCCUGUAAGAAGCUCUCGGUCUAUGGAUCAGAGGAUAAACCUAGGAAUAAUACACAGAUGUAUUUAUCUAUCGUAUGAAUUGCACUUCUAUCUUUCGAGGAUUCUUCAACAUACUUCAUGCAGUAGCUAUUUGCUUUUAUGACUUAGGUUGGUGAGUCAAGCAGAGGAACUGUCUAUUAGGAUGUGAGAGUCAAACGACCUCAGACGCCCGGCUUCUGCUAACUGACACGUGGAAGGGAAGUGAUCUUAUAGAAUGACUGGAACCGCCCUGUCUGAAGGGGAAAGUAUUGGCUACAGGAAGAGCUGCAAAAAGUGAAAGUACACAUGGUGGAUGAGCCGGUGGAGGUGCCAAUGCUCCGGAGCUGCUGUAAUGAGAAUCAUCUGUGUCUAUUCAUUGACUUUAGGCCUGGCUCUGCUCCUUCAUUCUGGGUCUUUUCCUUCUGCGUUCAUCUUUUGCCUAUUCUUUGUGCAUCGGGACCGACCUCUGCUGGAGCAGUGUGCUUUAGCUACGUACACAUAGAAGGAAAAUAGAACUAUGAAGGCAUAAGGCUCCCAUCCUAGAAUUAUAGAGAUCAUAAGUGGGUGCUGAUACGGCAGCCAAAUCUCUCAUUAUGUUUACUACGUGUUUGUUUUUAUAGUUUUAUGGCAGAGCCUGGAGUUGGAACUUGUAAGAAUAAGCGUGACUUUAAGGAAGUACAGCUACACUAUGCCUCAACCCCUAAAGACUGCCAGUUCCCGCCUCUGGAGAAAGGGAUCCUAGUUACAGAGCUGCAUUAGCUAUUAAUAUACUAAGGGGUUCUCCCUUGUAAUGUACAUAGUUCAAGAGACUGCUGUUUAUUUUGCCUUGCAUUGUCAUUGUGAAUUUGACACAUACAUGCAUAAAACUGUAACAGGCUGGAUUAGUGCAAAAAGUGAAGAUCACAUAGAAGUUACUAGCCUAUUUCUGCAAAUGUACAUGCAAAUAUGUAUUUCUUUAAUAUUUGAAUGUGAUUAUUGGCCAACCUCCGGGGCCAUGACUAGUGUGUGUUAUGAACAGAAUUUCCUCCUGUCUGUCAUAUGGUUGGGAUGUCAAGCUAACUGUGUACUGGACAUGGUGCUGGAUGGGAGUAAUUCUGUUGCCUUUAACACAUACAAGUUAUUGUGUUAUAGUUCCCCAAGCUCCUCCUUCCAUUGUGAGAAAUUAAAAACUAAAAAGUGCUUAUGACACUACGUCACCUUUUGGCCUAGGUUUCAUGCUUUCCAUGAAAUGUGCGUUAUUGUGUGUGCUUCUUUUUAAGGUAAAGUGUUAUUUCAGAAUGUACUGCUUUAGUGCCACUUAAAGAGGUCUGCUCACUCCAUGGCCCUGAUGACUAAUGUCCCAGAUUGUAUGCUUGAUAAUCUUAUAAAUGAGUGGAAUUAUUUCCAUUGAAAACUGAGGGCAGUGGUUGAAUAAGAUAGCUAAUUCAAUCAUCAAUAGAUUAUAAUCUUCAUAGAGUUUUUGAUAGCCAUCAAUGACCAAGGUUGGAUAGCCAUACAGUAAAAGUAUCAAAAGCUGUUUUUGUUUUCUUGUUUUUUGAUGUUUUGUUUUGUAUGUUUAUUGCAUUACGUGUUGUGAGGACUAAACCGUAUCAGAGCGACAGCAUGGAUUCACUUGACAAUACUUUUUAUUCCAUCUGUCUGCUAAUGUGAUUGUCCAAAGUGAAACUACCUUUUUAUAUGUUCAAUGAGACUUAAUUUGUUGAGAUUUUUCAUGAAUGUGUGUAUUACAUUUACUCAUUGAAAACCUUAAAGGCCCCAGUGCAGUCAAAAACGUGAAUAACCUGUGUUUUAUAUAUAUUUCCACACUAUGAGGUUGGAAUAAUACUGUGAAAAUUAUGAUAAUGCCCUUUUAGUGUAAGAGCUGUUUGAAAAGACUGCCUGAAAUUUCAACCUAUUUUCAUGGGAUGGAGUUUUGGCUUGCCUGGUGACAACACCAGGCGGUAAAUUAGUUAACAGACCAAUUAGAAAGAGAGCACCAAACCUCUCAAUAACAGCUAGUUUUCAGUUUACCCUCCCCACUCAAGAUCACUCCCAGAUAGUCCUGGAAAAAUUCUUACUUGAGAUAUUGCUCUUUGCUAAACAUUUUUUAAAAAGCAGCUAUUUUUGUUUUAUUUUUAUCGUUUUAAUCGAAAACAAUCACAGUAAGGCACUUAAUUGUUACCCGGAAAUGAUUUUAUAUUGAGAUAAGAACGUCUGCAUUGGACCUUUUAAAUGCGAUGUUUGCUCUUAUUUUUCUCUCAAAGACUAGAGGCAAUACACUACCGUUCAAAAGUUUGGGCUCACUUAGAAAUGUCCUUGUUUUUAAAAGAAAAGCACAUUUUUUGUCCAUUUAAAAUAACAUCAAAUUGAUCAGAAAUACAGUGUAGACAUUGUUAAUGUUGUAAAUGACUAUUGUAGCUGGAAAUGGCAGAUUUUCUUUAUGGAAUAUCUACAUAAGCAUACAGAGACCAAUUAUCAGCAACCAUCACUCCUGUGUCGCAAUAGCACGUUGUGUUAGCUAAUCCAAGUUUAUCAUUUUAAAAGGCUAAUAGAUCAUUAGAACCCCCUUUUGCAAUUAUGCUAGCACAGCUGAAAACUGUAGUCCUGUUUAAAGAAGUAAUAAAACUGGCCUUCUUUAGACUAGUUGAGUAUCUGGAGCAUCAGCAUUUGUGGGUUUGAUUACAGGCUCAAAAUGGCUAGAAACAAAGUACUUUCUUCUGAAACUCGUCAGUCUAUUCUUGUUCUGGGAAAUGAAGGCUAUUCCAUGCAAGAAUUUGUCAAGAAACUGAAGAUCUCGUAUAACGCUGUACUACUCCCUUCACAGAACAGUGCAAACUGGAUCUAACCAGAAAAGAAAGAGGAGUGGGAGGCCCCGGUGCACAACUGAACAAGAGGACAAGUACAUUAGAGUGUAGCGGAACCCCUCCGCAAUAGCCAGUGAAAAGUGCAUGGCGCCAAAUUCAAAACAACAAAAAUCUCAUAAUUUAAAUUCCUCAAGCAUACAAGUAUUUUACACCAUUUUAAAGAUACAAUUCUCGUUAAUCCAGCCACCGUGUCUGAUUUCCAAAAGGAUUUACAGUGAAAGUACCACAAACGAUUAUGUUAGGUCACCACCCAGCCACAGAAAAACACAGCCAUUUUUCCAGCCAUAGAGAGGAGUCACAAAAAGCAGAAAUAGAGAUAAAAUGUAUCACUAACCUUUGAUAAUCUUCAUCAGAUGACACUCAUAGGACUUCAUGUUACACAAUACAUGUAUGUUUUGUUUGAUAAAGUUCAUAUUUAUAUUUAAAAAAUCUGAGUUUACAUUGGCGCGUUACGUUUAGUAGUUCUAAAACAUGCGGUGAUUGUGCAGAGAGCCACAUCAAAUGACAGAAAUACUCAUAAUAAACAUUGAUAAAUUAUACAUGGAACUUUAGAUAAACUUCUCCUUAAUGCAACCGCUGUGUCAGAUAAAAAAUUUAAAAAACUUUACGGAGGAAGCAAACCAUGCAAUAAUCUGAGUACAGCCUUUAGACAACAAAGCAGCCAAAAGAUACCCACCAUAUUGGGUAGUCAACAUUACUCAGAAAAGCAUUUUAAAUAUUCACUUACCUUUGAUGAUCUUCAUCAGAAUGCACUCACAGGAAUCCAAGUUCCACCAUAAAUGUUUAAUUUGUUCGAUAAUGUCCACCAGUUAUGUCCAAAUAUCUUCUUUUGUUAGGGCGUUUGGUAAACAAAUCCAAAAGUGCGUUCAGUUCGCGCCGAACGAAAAGUUCAAAAAGUUCUGUUACAGCCCGUAGAAACAUGCCAAACUAAGUAUGGAAUUAAUCUUUAGGAUGUUUUUAACAUAAAACUUCAUUAAUGUUCCAACCGGACAAUUCCUUUGUCUGUAAAAAUGAAGUGGAACAUUUCACGUGAGCGCGCCUGACCGAGGCUGUAGCACUCUGCCAGACCACUCACUCAAAGAACUCUUAUGAGCCCCUCCUUUAGAGUAUAAUCUUCAAAACAGGUUCUAAAUACUGUUGACAUCUAGUGGAAGCCGUGGGAAGUGAAACAUAACUAAUAUCCCACUGUAUCUUCAGUGGGAAGUGGGAAAUCUGAGUUGAAAAACUACAAACCUCAGAUUUCCCACUUCCUGGUUGGAUUUUUUUUCUCAGGUUUUUGCCUGCCAUAUGAGUUCUGUUAUACUCACAGACAUCAUUCAAACAGUUUUAGAAACGUCAGAGUGUUUUCUAUCCAAAUGUAUUAAUUAUAUUCAUAUUCUAGCUUUUACGUCUGAGUAGCAGGCAGCUUAAUUUGGGCACGUUUUUCAUCCAAGCUACCCAAUACUGCCCCCUACCCCAAAUAAGUUAAUUUCUCAGAACAAGAAUAGACUGAUGAGUUUCAGAAGAAAGUUCUUUGUUUCUAGCCAUUUUGAGCAUGUAAUCGAACCCACAAAUGCUGAUACUCAACUAGUCUAAAGGCCAGUUUUAUUGCUUCAGUAAUUCAGGACAACAGUUUUCAGCUAUGCUAACAUAAUUGCAAAAGGGGUUUCUAGUGAUCUAUUAGCCUUUUAAAAUUAUAAACUUGGAUUAGCUAAGACAACAUGCCAUUGGAACAUAGGAGUGAUGGUUGCUGAUAAUGGGUCUCUGUACGCCUAUGUAGAUAUUCCAUAAAAAAUCUGCCGUUUCCAGCUACAAUAGUCAUUUACAUCAUUAACCAUGUCUACACUGUAUUUCUGAUCAAUUUGAUGUUAUUUUAAUGGACAAAAAAUUUGCUUUUCUUUUAAAAACAAGGACAUUUCUAAGUGACCCCAAACUUUUGAACGGUAGUGUACCUAUUUGUAUUAUUUUGAAUGACACGGCUAUAGCCCUCAUGUGGAGGUCUUGAGAAAGGAAUUGUAAAUGGACUGUCCUGAACUGAAGAGAUUACUGUAUACAGGGUGUGAUUGUAGCUCUGCUCUAUAGGCUUUUUAUAUGAAUGUUCUGAGGUGCUCUGUUGGCUGAAAAGUGUUACUGCACAGUGUCUGCCCGUGUCUGACUGUCUUCUCAGACAAAGCACUUUACCUGAAGUUUAACUGAGUGCAGUAUCACACGGCCUUGACUGACCUCAUUCAAUUACAAACACAACAAUAGAUACUGGCCAGUUGAAAUAGGAAUAACAAAUAGGGCACAUGUCAGUUCUUAGGCUACUAUUUUGCCCCCAAUUUAGUGCGUGUUUAUCAGUGCUGUUCUGUCCAUGGAGUGUACAGUCCCAGUGUUUCUGUUCAGCCUGUUACUCCAUUUGUAAGUCAUGUGAGGGUCACUGUGUGGACUAGGUAUAGUGUAGGUUUGGACAAGACCCACACACCUUGUCAUUGAUUGAAAUAGUGUUACUGGAUAGCAGCAUAUAACAACGCUAUGUAAAUACUAAGAUUUACAGUGCUUUGUCUCUCUCAUACUCUUAUCGAUCAUGUACCUAACUACACAGUAUGCAUGAGAGAAACUGAAUGUUGCAGGGUAGUUGCCAUAGAACUGCAAUGUGCGCACAGGAUGUGUUCAAUCAAAUCCACAUGUCUGUUUCCUUACGGAGUGCUGAAGUGACUAUGAAAUGCAAUCAAACUGAAGUCAGUAUGAAUGUAAUGUGUUUGUAAGAAGGCCUCAGUCUAAUUCUAUAAAUAUAUUUACAGUGUAUGUACAUGCUUAUAAACAAGGCUUCAAAAGCUACCAAAUGACCCUGGUUAAGGCACCUUUGUUGCAGUGAAUGUACAGCAUGUGAAAUGUUUUGUAUGAAGGUUCACUUUGGUAAAGUUGGUAAAGUUCAGAGAUGGUUGCUCUGUGUAGCUAGCUUUGAGAGAGACAUUGAAUUCAAGCAGUGUUAUAAUGGUACAGAUGUUUGUGCUAAAUUGCAAAUGAAUGAAAAAAGUGAAUUGUCAUCUUUUACUUUGUACUCUGUGUAUUUGUUCAAUGUGUUUUAAUAAAUCCCCUCAACAACAAUAGACAUAC